AGUUGUGGGGCGUGAGGACUGAGGUCCCCGGCGUGACCGAGGGCUUCUGAGGACCCCAACAUCUUUCGAGCCCCAAAGUUUGCAGGGGCGAGGCAUGGGGAUAGGGUCACUCGCACAGUGUGUUUUUAUGUGAUUUGGGGCAAAAAAAAAUGACUCCGUAGAUUGGUUCCGGGAAACAUGGGUUAUUUGGACUCGUUGAAAGUUGUAUGGGCUGUUGCCGAGUUUAUUUCUUCUUUGAAAAGUGUUACUGAGGGCCAGGAAACCGCGACUCCCGGGGCUUGAGCACGCUCGUGUGUGCUGCGUGCCUUGCAGGAGCGUGUGUUUUUGGUGGAAAUGAGGGAGUAGUGAGGACACCGGCCACUGAGCUGUCCUCUGUCAUGCAUGGACUCACACCGUGUGUAAGUUGACAGAUACUCCCUUUGUUGUGUUUUAGUGCGGUGCUGAAGAGACUCAUUAAAGAAAGAUUUAGACAAGAACGUUGACUGGGAGACUUUUGAGGCAUGUGCUGUUCUCUUAAGAAGAAGGUUGCACUGCAGACUGGAGGAGACAGAUUUCACUCUGUAAGAGUGAAGCUAAAAGGUACAUGGAAUAUGAAGAACACAGAGGAAGGUUUUUAGUCUGAUAGAAUGUAAGUAAGGCUUCCUGGAGUAUGAGGACUGAGUCUUGAAAGGCUUAACAAAAGAUGGUGGAUCGCUUGGCAAACAGUGAAGCAAAUACUAGGCGCAUAAAUAUAGUGGAAAAUUGUUUUGGAGCAGCUGGUCAACCCUUGACUAUACCUGGACGGGUUCUUAUUGGAGAAGGAGUAUUGACUAAAUUGUGUAGGAAAAAGCCCAAAGCAAGGCAGUUUUUCUUAUUUAAUGAUAUUCUUGUAUAUGGUAAUAUUGUCAUCCAGAAGAAAAAAUACAAUAAACAACAUAUUAUUCCCUUGGAAAAUGUCACUAUUGAUUCCAUCAAAGAUGAGGGAGACUUGAGGAAUGGAUGGCUUAUUAAGACACCAACCAAAUCCUUUGCAGUUUAUGCUGCUACUGCCACAGAGAAGUCAGAAUGGAUGAAUCACAUCAAUAAAUGUGUUACUGAUUUACUCUCCAAAAGUGGGAAGACACCUAGUAAUGAACAUGCUGCUGUCUGGGUUCCUGACUCUGAGGCAACUGUGUGCAUGCGUUGUCAGAAAGCAAAAUUCACACCUGUUAAUCGUCGCCACCAUUGCCGCAAAUGUGGUUUUGUUGUCUGUGGGCCCUGCUCUGAAAAGAGGUUUCUUCUUCCCAACCAGUCCUCUAAGCCUGUGCGGAUUUGUGACUUCUGCUACGACCUGCUUUCUACUGGAGACCUGGCCACAUGCCAGCCUGCGCGGUCAGACUCUUACAGCCAGUCGCUGAAGUCGCCUUUAAAUGAUGUAUCUGAUGAUGAUGAUGAUGAUGAUAGCAGUGACUGAGGAUAUGUUUUCAAAUAUUUAAUUGGGUGUAACUAUUUGAGAAAUCAGCUUUGGGGAGAAUGUAAAAUUUUGAGCUCUCAGUUUUGCUCUAGCCAUGAAUUUGCCUGAGAAACUUUUAACCUAUGUGCCUCAGUAUAUUCUGUAGAAAAUAGGCCCUGUUGUCACUCCCCUCUCUCCCGCCUCUCCAUUUUCUCCAGUGAUAGACUUGCAAAUGUAGCAGAUAAAUUUUUGGUUUCUUUUGUUUAAUUCUAGAUAAUAUUUUGGAAGAUUGGGGAAAUUAUAUUUUGGAAGGUUAACAAGUCAUGUACUUCAUUGUUAUAUGUUCUGUUACGUGGAAAAACAAAAAGCAAACAAUGAUGAAAAAAGAAGUAAAAUGUAGUUAGUAAAAUUAUUAGCAUUUUCCUGACCAUCCUCUCCAAAGGGUAAGACACCAGUAAAAAAAAAAUACAAAAUUUGGAAAUACUUUGGCUUUUUUGUAUACCAAGUGGUGCCUUAUAUUAGCACUGUUUUGUAAAAUGGUCCCCUGCCUUCUCACUUUUUCACUUGUUUUAAUAAUACACUGGUGCUCUCUGAGGUGAUGAGUGUUUAUGAAUGGGUGUAAUUAGAAAAUACUCCUCAUCUGACAGCUACAAAUAAUUAAAUUUAGAGAUUCUUCAUUCUAUAUGAAUAUUUUUCCAUAAAAUAGCUGUGAUUAUAUUUUUACAUUUUGUAGGUACCAAAUUAUAAUUGUCAAGUAUAUAUUUUAAAUUAAUAAGGUGUCAUUCUUAG